AAACACUUUCAAAAUAUGUCACAAUUGUCACAUCUAAACCUUUUUCUAGACUUUUUUAACAAUAUUAGAUUGAUUUGUGCAUCUAUUUAGAAUAAAUCUGUCACGAAUUGCGAUAACCAGUAGAAUAUAAUUAAAAUGUAAUAGAAGUAUUAAUAACAACUUGGUAGCGAUGUCGUCGUCGAGUGAAAACCCGGCGACGUCGUGCAACGAAAACCCAAAUGUUGAAGAAGGCAGUGAUAAUACGAAUGGUAAUAAUUCUAUCGUAACAUCACAGGAGGAAAUUAAGUUAGAAAUAGAAUUGGAGAUUUUAAACUCUUCCAAAGAAGAUAUAACUGCUGCUGAUAAAGAAGUCUCAGAUGAAGGAACCAUCAAUGAUAAAAUUUCAAAUGAAAAUGCAACUAAUACUUCAGUAGAAGAAGCUCAAAAUGCCAUUACAGUCAAUGUACCUUGUAAUUCAGAUUCAGAACGAAAUAAGGAUCAAGCAAGCCAAGAAAAUGUGGUUAUUGAAAGAACAGAUCCGAUUCCUGGUUGCUCUGGCACCUGCACUGGUGAUCCUGUAAUACCACCACUAUUCCACAAUAACAAUGUUCAGCUGUUCACUGAGGACACAGGUCCUCAAAUGUACCAUCUUAAAGGUAAUUUAGUCACAGCACCAAUAAUCACAAAGAAUUUGCCUAAAGUCUUUGAAUAUUUGCCCAUUCAUGGCAAGCCACAGGAAAGUAAAAGCUUGAAGGAAUACUAUUCAAAUAAAAUUAAAGAGUUUGUUGGCUGUGGCUUGAGCGAUUAUGAGUUUAAACAAUUGGAAGAUUAUUGCAGUCCAGAGCACUUAAAAACUGGAAAAGAAAUUAUUAUGGGAACAAACGUGCCGCUCAUGGGGGUAAUGGGCAUGAUACCCAAAGACAAUCACUUGAUUGAGCGUGAUGAGCAGCCAGACCUCUGCAUCGUGAAGAAGAACAAGAUGCGGAAUGACAAGGACACCAAGGGACUGUUUGUUAAGAAGCUCAAAUACAGGAGUGUGAGGAACUUGCCAUUUACACAGGAGGUAUAUCACCUGAAGCCCGGCACUCCUACUGAAGAAAGUCCUGAUGUAGACUUGGAGCCAGGCAAAGAUAUACUGUAUCGAGUGAGGGUGUACAGGCCUUAUACCUACAACUUGGCUAGGGAUAGAUUUACCCGUACCCGUCACUCGGUGUUCUGCUCCGACAUCAUUCUGACGGGCAGACACAAGCUGUCAGACCUGCGGGACCGCUUCGUGUGCCACAAUGACUUCGACAUGCGAGUCGACGUGUCCAACAACCCUGAUAUGCUGCCUAACACUAAGGCUAAGGAAGUGUUCCCGUCAGGUUUCCUGUUCAUAAACAACGCGUUCUACGUGGACAGUCGCGAGGGCUGCAUCGACUAUAGCGCUCCUAUCCGCGAGUGGGCGCUGCGCAAGAAGAUCGGCGCCUUCCCCAAGUACGACAUGUGCGAUGUCCGGCUCGACGAACUCGUGCUCAAGCUGGGCUAUCCUGAGGUGUACGUCCACCAAGGUAACUGUGAACAUGUUUUCCUAUUCUCCGAGAUCCGUCUACUUUCUCCAAGCGACCCGCCACGAUUGUACAACUACCCGUGUUCGUCUGCCAUUGCGCAGAACCAAACCGUUUACUGCACCACUUGCGCAGAAUUCCCAGCUAAGUGGAUAGUAGUCGGGUGCGCUAGAGUACCUUUUGAUCCCGCAUUCUUCUGCGAAACUUGCUUCAGACAGUACUUAUACAAAGACGGACAGAAAAUUGGGGAGUUCAAAGCGUAUUCGUAUAGAGGGAACGCGUUGAAUGUGUUGAAGCCUCAAUGACGGGGCGCUCUGGUUGCGGAGUAUGGUUAUAAUGAGCCUCUGUGAUAGUGAAUAGACUGACAGUCUCAGUAAUCAUAAAACAAGUGAGUUGACCACAUAACCUCCUCAUAAUCUGGUUUUAUGCAAACUUUAAAGUGAUGCAUUGUCUGUCUUCUGGUAUUAUCUUGUAAAACAGUAUCGGUCUAGGAGAGUUUUAGCUCAAAAGCAAAGCUUGAUUUUGUAGAACAAAGUUCAUGUGCAAUGACUCAAUGGCUAUAGCCGGGUGUGAGUCAAUAUGAAAAUUGAAAUCUUUAACUAUGGGAAACUUUUCUAAAUAGGUGAAUCUUUCGCAUCCAAAACCUUGUUAAUACUUGUCCCUUAUUCAACUAUCCAGUCGAAUUGAAAAAAAAAAACUUAAGAAUACGGUAUGAGGCCCAGUAGUCCAUUUUUUAAAUAAUAUUAUUUAUUAAUUAAUUAAUUUAUUUAUUUGGAUUUCCAACAAGAAAUACACAUUACAGACAGGUUUUAGGAACAGAUAUUUACUUUUCUUGUGUCCUUAAUUAUAGGAAAUCACAGCAUGCAUUAAAUUAUAAUUAUAAUCACAUAUCCAAUCGUUAUAUAUGUAAGAUUCAUAUGAUAUAUUAUUAUUUAUAUAAGAUAAAAAUGUAUGAAAGUGUAAAUAUAAUAUUAAAUGGAAACAAGGGUACAUACUGUCCUGUGCCGCAGCAUACUACGGGUGCAUGAAAUUAAUUUAGAAAAAGGCUAGGCCGAACCUUCUUAGAAGGAAUCGAUCUUUAAAAAAGGCUGAGGGAAGAGACUAAGUAGCUGUUAACUGUUUGUUAUAAAAGUUAGCUAGGUUGUGCUACUUUUUUUCUUUGCCCUAUGUACGGGUCUGGCUUUAUACCCAAACAUGAUUGAAAAUUAAAGGUUAUAAUGAUAAAAUGAUAUGUAUUGUCUCUCUAGUAAUGUAAUAUCGGAUUUGAAUAAUGAGGUCCUUAGGACCUUUGCCAAUGUUGGCUAUUUAUAAGUUAAGUUUAAUUUAUAAUUUUCCUGUGAUGAAUAUCCGAUUUUGUAUCGAUAAAAGUAAAAUCGAGCUUUUUUAUAAAUGAAAAAAUAAAAUAAAUCUUCAAA